CCUAGUUCAUAUAAACCCAACAAAAUUCACAAAAUUGGAAUUCUCAAACCAAAAAUCAAUGCCAAUUAUCAAACUUAGCAAUUCAUGGCCAUCAAUCUGAAUCUCACCACAACUUCUUCUUUUCUCACACACAAACAAUACAUCAAAUUCAGUCUUCCUUCUUCUGUAACAAAAAGAACAUGUACUGCUCAAUCAGCAGGAACUGACGCUGGUGUUUCAGAGGAUGAUUCUUCUCUUGGAUCUUUGUCUUCUACUCGUGCACAGCUGGAUCUUUUGGAGCAAUUUACAUCUACAACCUCAUCAAUCAGUGGUAAUGAAAGCAAUAACAGCUCUCUAAAACUUUCAAUUCGAGACCAGCUUGCACAGUUGGUGGGAGACAGGGACGAUGAUUUCACCAUUCCCUUAGGUAAAAACUUGAAGAAAGUGAGUGCAAAGUUCUUAACAACUUCACAAAGGAGAAAUAUCAAGAGACAGAAUUAUCUAAAUGAAGUUUCUCAAAGAAAUGAUUCAACUUUUUUUGCAACAAUAGGAGCAUUUGUGAUUCUUCCACCUCUUAUAAUACUAGGAAUAGCUAUAUUAACUGGUUAUGUACAGCUUUUACCUUAAGACAUAAUAAAUUUAGUGAUUCUGAAUAUAAAUUUAUACAUAUAGUAACUUAAUUUCCAUCA